UUCAAAAACCAUAAGUCCGCGUCAUAUAUAUAUAAUAUAUAUUCUUGAUCUGGAGGACCCUCCAAAUGGAUGAUAACCCUUCAUACCUGGGUUAUCAUCCAUUUUGGAGGGUCUUUUUAUUUUGCCGCAGGGGCCCCAGCUACAACGAACGCCAGAUAGACAUCCGGUUUCCAACUCGCCUUUAAAGGAGCUGAAGUUCACAAAGGCAAUGAAUCGCUUUACAAAAGUAUUUGGUGAUAAAAAAUGCAAUAUAAUUGCGAUGAUACACGUGGAUGCUUUGCCAGGUACACCCGGAUACAAAGGAAAUUGGUCACAAAUUGUGAAGAAAGCUAAAAUCGAAGCCAGUAUUUACGUUAAACAUAAAGUGGAUGCCAUCUUAAUAGAAAAUAUGCACGAUGUACCUUAUAUACCAAAUCGUCUUUUAGGCCCAGAAACCGUUGCUUGUCUAUCGAGAAUAUCAAACGAAAUUCGUCAAAUAGUUCCAUAUGCUUUGCCUUGUGGACUUCAAAUACUGGCUUGCGGCAACAAACAAGCAUUAGCCGUCGCAAAAGCAUGUGAUUUACAAUUCAUUCGCGCAGAAGGCUUUGUAUUUGCACAUGUGGCAGAUGAAGGUUAUACAGAUGCUUGCGCUGGGGAGAUACUGCGCUAUCGAAAGAAUAUUGAUGCCGAAAAUGUUCUGAUCUUCACGGAUUUAAAAAAGAAACAUAGUUCCCAUGCCAUCACACAUGAUGUUACAUUAUUAGAGACCGCGAAAGCAGCAGAGUUUUUUUUAACGGAUGGUGUAGUGAUAACAGGCAGAUCAACAGGUUGUGCGGCUAAUAUGGAAGAUUUGGAUGAGGUAGCGGGUAAAAUUAGCACUCCCUUGAUAAUAGGCUCUGGGGUGACAAAUACAAACCUAAACCAAUAUUAUGAAAGAGCCCAGGCAGUCAUUGUUGGUUCCUCUUUUAAGCUCAAUGGCUUCUGGGCGAAUAAUCUAUGUGAAAAAUCAAUUAGUAAGUUUAUGGAGGAAAUAGAAAAAUUAAGAAAUUGAAUAGUGAAAGGUUGUUGAUAUGGCACAAUAAAAUCUUUUGUAUUUGUAGAAUAAUUUUAAUAAUAUAUUGUUAAAAUU